AUGGUGUAUGGACAGAUCCUUCAUCGGCACAGCCCUGAUGAUUUAUUUAUUAAUGUCAAUGUUGGUGGUUUCAAACAACGAAUGGAGCACAACAUUCUGAAACGAUUCCCACAGACGCGUCUGGGUCGCCUUCUGUGUUGCAGCUCCAAAGAAGCGAUCCUGGAGCUCUGCGACGACUUCAGUCCCUCUGAAAUGGAGUACUAUUUUGACCGCAACCCAUGUUUUUUCUCCUACGUACUCAACUUUUACCUCACAGGCAAAAUCCACCUGGUGGAUGGGCUGUGCGUAGUCUCAUUUUUUCAAGAGAUUGAGUAUUGGGGCAUCAAGGAGCGCCACCUGGACUUCUGCUGCAGCAACAAAUUCUAUGAACUGAUGUUUGCUGAGGAUAAGUGCUGGGAUCAGAGGAGUGAUGAACUGCAGCUCCACAGCUCAGACUCGUCUGUUGAGGAGCUGUCAGCUUUGGAGGAGGACAUAGAAAUGUUUGAAGGCUCCUGGUGUGCAGAUGUCCGCAGGAAUAUUUGGAUUCGACUUGAGAAUCCAGGUUACUCCACUUCGGCCAAAGUGAUGGCUGUAGCAUCCCUAACUGUGGUCAUUGUCUCUAUCGUUGCCAUGUGUGUCCACAGCAUGCCAGACUUCCAUCAGGUGGAUGUCAAUGAGAAGGAGAUUGAAAACCCAGUGCUUCAUUUCUUUGAGAGCCUCUGUGUUCUUUGCUUCUCUGCAGAGUUUAUUCUUCGUUUGGCUGUUGCACCAUCAGCCAGGAAGUUCUUGUGCAGCCCUCUCAAUAUCAUUGACUUAAUGUCAAUUAUGCCCUUCUAUGUCACUUUAGUCUGUGAUAUAAUGGAUGAAGGUGAGAACACAGACCUGGAGAAUGUUGGCAAAGUGGUGCAGAUUUUGAGGUUGAUGCGAGUGUUUCGCAUCCUAAAACUGGCUCGCCACUCACCUGGCCUUCGCUCUCUUGGCGCCACGCUGCGGCACAGCUCCCGUGAAGUGGGGCAGCUGGUGCUUUUCUUGUCUGUGGGCAUUUCCAUGUUUUCUGUUCUUAUUUACUUUGUGGAGAAAGAAUCCCCUGAGUCAGAGCUGCAGACUAUCCCCAUAGGCUGGUGGUGGGCCACCAUUAGCAUGACUACAGUGGGCUAUGGGGACACGGUUCCCAUUACACUUGCUGGAAAGCUGAUAGGAACCCUGUGCAUUAUCUGUGGGCUGCUGAUCGUGGCUCUGCCCAUUACUAACAUCUUCAAUAAAUUCUCCAAGUUCUAUCAGAGGCAAAGACAUAUCUCAGAAGAAGCAAUAACUGAACCCUCUCCGGCAAGUACAGGGGUUUCCUACCCGAAUGCAUAGGCAACUUAGCAGUGGAGUAAGUGGAGCAUAUGCAUCCCUG